UCAGCGCGCCGAUGGGAGGUUGGCCCGCGAAAGCCCGCAGCGUCCCGGCCGCGUAAAGACGCGGCGAAACGCGCAUAAGAGGACCACGCGCAGUCAGCACUGGCUCAAGUGCGAACUUCGGGCCCGAAAGGCAUGCUGCUGACAAACGCGAGCUUCGCGCUGCGGUCGCGCACGACGCGUCCAAACUUCACGCACGCCUCUGCGUCCUUGAACGACACUUGGCCGGUCGAGCCCUGGAAAGAAGAAAUGGCUUUGCCGAUACUGAUGUUCGCCGGGGGCGCCAUUGGGAAUAUAAUAGCAGUCGUCGUUCUGUCCAUGUCGAGACAGGACAGGAAAAGUUCCGCGUUCUACGCGCUGGUGUGCGGUCUGGCUGUGACCGACCUGCUGGGCACCUGCCUGGCCAGCCCGCUGACCAUCGCCAACUACUUGGACCCGCGGGUGCUCCGAGGCGGGGCCCUGUGCGACUUCCACGCCUUCUUGCUGCUCUUUUUCGGCUUGACCGGCCUCGGCAUCAUUUGCGCCAUGGCGGCGGAGCGCUACCUGGCCAUCUGCUGCCCUUACUUGUACCGGCGCUGGGGCGUGGACCGCCGCUUCGCGCGGACCUUCCUCACCUGCGUGUACGCCGCCAACGUCCUUUUCUGCUGCCUCCCGGUGACGGGGGCGGUGAGGGGCAGCUUGCAACCCUCCGAAACGUGGUGCUUCGUCGACCUGAGGACCCCCGAGCCCGUGGCCGCUGUGUACUCGGUGCUGUACGGCGCGGUGAGCGUGCUGCUCAUCGCGGGGACCACCGCGCUCAACGUGGCCGUGUGCGGCUCGCUGCUGCUCAUGCGUCGGCGCAGCGUGCGCAGGCGCACCGAGGGCGGCAGGAGCAGCGUGCGGGCCAGGUGGAGGGCGCUCUCCUCCGCCGCGGAGAUCCAGAUCGUGGCCGUGCUGGUCGUGACCUCGCUCGUGGUUCUGGCCUGUUCGGCUCCGUUGGUGGUGCGCGUGUUCGCCAACCGUCUGAUGCUGAAAGACGACCCCGAAGCCGACCUGGAAGCCAUCCGGAUCGCAGCCGUUAACCCCAUCCUAGACCCUUGGAUCUACAUCCUCCUCAGGCGGUCUCUGUUUCGCCGAAUACUAAGUCUGUCCAGACGAUGUCGAACUCGCAGCAGUAGCGCCCUGACCACGCAAGGGCGUCUGUUUUAUCCCGAACACACCAAAGACAGCAAUGUGUUGAGUCAAAUGAUGCACACUAGUCUCAGGACUUCGCUUCCUGCGGCCUCUACUGUCUCACCACCGCACGUGCACUCUGUUGAUCUUAAAUUCAGAGACUGAAGGCUUGUUUGUUUGUUUUUUGCUUGAAGGAGACGCACAGACACUUGUGCUACCUGGCACUUUUGGAAAGGGCCAUUAAGGUCCAGAGAAAUUCUUCUUACUGUAGUCUACCACUCAGGGUCAGAGGGGAGCUGCUAUCCCAGCUGACUUCGGGCAAGGGACUGAUUACGCGUCGGACUGAUUACCAGUCAAUCACAGAACUGACAGACGAAGACAGGCAACCAUUCACACACGUUAUAAAGAGUUUUCGGUGUACAGUACCUCACAUACAGGUCUGUAGAAGGAAGCUGGAGUACACGCAAGCACAGGGAGAAAAUGCAUACUCCACCAAAAAAACAAAAAAAACAACAUGCCUUGUUGGAUGUUUAAGUCAUAGGACGCUAUGAGGACCAAGAUGCUUACAGUAAAGUAUAAAAAUAAGAGAGGGUUGAAUAUUUAUUUGCAUCAUUUACUGUCACCCAGCAUUGACUUGAAUCUAAUUUUACGUCUGUAUUUUCCUCAUGUUGCAUCAGUCCUCAUCGGCUUACCGCUUCGUCCACCCUUUGUUGAGGGCCAAAUUGGACGUUAUGGGACGUGUCCUUGGUUCCUCCUAAAAUCAUGAUUUGAGCUCGUAAGAGCAUAAAUAUUCUGUAAUUCUAACAUCUUUGGGAUCGCUACUGGGUGGGGAAAGAAAAUACUUUUGCCUUCUGUGCAAUUUUAGCCACAUUAAAAUAAGGUCAGACUCCAAAAUUCCUGCCUCGCUCCAACUUUGGAAAUGCUCUCAAGAUCAGGAAGUUAAAAAAAGAAAAAGGGAGUCUGGAGCCUCAGGGCCAUCCAUUGACAUUCUUAUGUAGGCUCAGAUGUUUCUUUAUUUAAAUGUCCAGUGUGUGAUCUAUUUUAUUUCAUUUAUUUAAAACCAGCAAUGCACAAAUCUUAGUUUUCACGGGAGUGCAUUGUGUGUGUGUUUUUUUUUUUUUUUUUUUAAGUGUUUAAUCUACAUUGAAAAACAUUUUAAAGUGGAGUGAGCUAACCAGAUGUGCAGUCUGUUUUCCUAAGAAGGGAAGGUUCGAAAGGUUGGUAGUUUAAUCCAAAUAUUACUUCCCAAACAUGGAGCUGGGGUAUGGUCACCACUGGCACAAGUAUUAUCCCAGUCUAACGAACUGCUGACGUCAGUGAUUUACGUAAGGACCAAGGUGAUAAAAGUAUUGAAAUUAAUGUUGUACAUGCCUUAUUUGUAAGGUUUUCUUCUCCCAUUUUUUUGAACAGCCCCAUUAAGUUAUCGUAUGUAAUUUACAGUGUAAGAUCAUUUGGUGCCCCCCCACUGAAAAUAUAUUUACCUGAGGAAAGACAUUACAUUACAGUUCAGUCCAGUAUUCUAUUUAUUUUUUUUUUACAUUUAAAAAUAGCAUUUUUUAAAAAAUCAGAAGCAGAGACAACUGCAAAACAAUUUGUACCAUGACAACCAUAAAUAAAAAUCUAUAAACAUUAGCUGAGUAAAAUCUCACAAAAAUAAUAAUCAUAGUUUUACAGAGAAACCACCCCCUACUAACACAUACUGUACAUCCCAGUGAGCAAACUUUGUCCUAGGAAAAUUAGCUUUGCAAAUUGGGCUCACCAAGUUCUUAAUAAGCGUCCAUUGGACUCCAACUUGAUGCUGACAAUAAGAAAGUUCAAGAAUAAACUUCCAACAGGGCCAGGCCUCCAUCCUGCGGUCCUUUGCUUUUGGCAACAUCAAGGAACAAAAUAUAAACAAUGGGGGGGGGGAAAAAAAGUCAAUAGAAUAAUUUGCUUGUUCGUGAUUAGUAUGCAUAUAAGCAACCACUUGCAGCAGAGAAUUUACACCAGAUAGUAUCUGCGAGGCCACAUAAAGAGUGGGCCGUAAUUAACUUCAAGCUUGGAAAGUUUUCCGCUUGGGAAUAAAUACUACACGUCUGAAUAAAGAUAAUUAUUAAACCAUU